GUGCCGAAAGACAACCAAUAUGAGUCGCGUUCACAUCUAUGGAGCGGCUUUGCUCCUGACCGUGCUGCUGGCAGCAACAUCACAGGCAGCUGUGGUACGGACAUUUCCACCAUUCGAACGUCUCCUGGAGAAUCCUAAUGCCCGUGUGGCCAUAACACCACGUGCCGAUGAGGAUAACUACCGUCUGCCCAACGACACAAUUCCGAGUCACUAUGCCAUCGAGCUGACAACUAAUGUCCAUAACAAUGGCGAGACCAAAUUCACUGGAAUCGUUACAAUCACUUUGGAUGUUGUGACCGAAACCAAUAAAAUUGUGAUACAUGCUCGUCAGUUGGAGAAUUUCACGGCCUCCAUAACUCGGUCAACUGGUGGAGAUUCUAUCACAGUUAAGCCCACAUACGAUAAUACUGAUGGACGAGAGUUCCUCGUACUCUCAUUUGAAGAUGAAACCUUCACUUUGCCAGCCGACUCAACCUGGUUAUUGACCAUCAACUAUGAAGGAAAUCUACGCACAGACAACGGCGGUUUCUAUCUCUCUUCGUACACAGAUGAAACUGGUGCUACCAAAUAUUUGGCUACCACCCAAUUUGAGAGUACAGAUGCCCGUCAUGCAUUCCCAUGCUACGAUGAGCCAUCAAAGCGUGCCAAUUUCACCAUUACCAUUAAGCACGAUCCAACCUAUAACGCCAUUAGCAAUAUGCCAAUCGAUGAAGAGAAGACUACCUCCGGUGUCACUGUCUUCCAGACCACUGUAAACAUGCCCAGUUAUUUGGUUGCUUUUAUUGUUUCCGAAUUUGUGUAUACGGAGGGAGAACUGAAUGGCCUGCCUCAGCGUGUUUUCUCUCGCAAGGGCACCGAACAUGAACAAGAAUUCGCUCUGACCAAUGGAAUGCUUGUGGAGAAACGCUUAUCCGAUUACUUUGGUGUGCCAUUCGCUCUACCAAAACUCGAUCAGGCUGGUAUUCCUGAUUUUGCUGCUGGCGCCAUGGAGAACUGGGGUCUGGCCACCUAUCGUGAGGAAUAUCUAUUGUACAAUACUGAGAACUCGACUAUUAAUACUCAAACAAAUAUUGCCACCGUUGAGGCUCAUGAGGAUGCUCAUAUGUGGUUCGGUGAUCUUGUUGCCAUUGAAUGGUGGAGCUACUUGUGGCUUAAGGAGGGUUUCGCAACACUCUUUGAGAAUUUGGCUGUCGAUUUGGCCUAUCCAGAGUGGGACAUUUUCCAAACCUUCCAUGCUGGCUCUUAUCAAAGUGCUUUGAUCUAUGAUGCCAGUCCGAAUGCUCGUCCCAUGACCUACUUUGUUCAGAAACCCGCUGAGAUUGCUCUACUCUAUGACUCUGUGUCGUAUGCCAAGGCCGGAUCUGUUUUGGAUAUGUGGCGUCAUGCCCUGACCAAUACCGUCUUCCAACGUGGUCUCCACAACUAUCUAACGUUUAACCAAUACAAGGCCGCCAAUGAGUCUCAUUUGUUUGAUGCCAUUGCUUUGGCUGCCCGUGAGGAGAACCAUGCUGUGCCAGCACUUAUUGUAGAUAUGUUAGCCAGCUGGACAAAUCAGGGUGGUGUCCCACUUUUAACCGUGGAACGCAACUACAAUGAUGGCACGUUCACUAUCAAACAGGAGGCCUACACUAAUGACAAGGAUUACGAGAGUAGCAAACUUUGGUAUAUACCCUUCAAUUUUGCCAUUCAAUCGAAUCCCGAUUUCCGCAACACCGAGGCUACUCACUAUCUGGUUAAGGAAGCUGAAAUAAGCGUCAAUGAGACAGGAUUGACUGCUGCAGAUUGGCUUAUUUUGAACAAGCAAAGCACAGGAUACUAUCGCAUUAACUACGAUAGUGAGAACUGGCGUCUAAUCACUGAAGGACUAAUUAAUCGCCCACAUAAGAUUUCGCCACGUAACCGUGCUCAGUUGAUCAGCGAUCUGUACCGUUUCGCCACCAGCGGACGUGUGCCACAUGCAACAUUGUUGAAUCUUCUUACUUACUUGCCUAAUGAGGAUCAAUAUGCACCCUGGUCGGCUGCUAACACUGUAAUCACAUUGUUCAAUCGUUAUCUUAGCGGAGAUUCAGAGUACAAGAACUUCCAAUUCUUUGUUCGGGAAUUGGUUAACCAACAGUUUGAUAAGUUCGGAGUGAAUGAUCUAAAGGGUGAACAGCAUCUGGUUAAGUACACACGCAAUGUACUAAUCAGCAUUGCCUGCCUGGGCGGUCUAGAGAGCUGCUUAACUGAUACCACAGCUAAAUUGCAGGCUCUGGUCGAUGAUGGCACAGCCAUUGAGCCCAAUUUGCAGUCUCAAGUCUACUGCAAUGGCCUAAAGAAGGCCAGUGAUGAUGUUUUCGAUUUUGUGUACAACAAACUGAUGGAUUCCAAUGAUCAGGCCGAACGUCGUUUGCUUAUCUCUGCACUGGGCUGUGCUGGAGAUGCUAACCAAUUGAAGAAGUUCGUAUCGAGCAGCAUUGACGAAAGCAACGGCCUUCGUACCCAAGAGCGUUACACACUCCUCAGCCCGACCUAUUCCCGCGGCGAAGUUGGUCUACUGACCUCCAUUGAGUUCCUGUUGGAAAACUGGGAGAAAUAUGGUUCGUUGAAUGCUGGUUUCGGUGGUGUCAAUCCACUCCACUCUGAUAUUGUGUCCAUGUCUGCCUAUGUGGUAAACGAUAAUCAGAAAGAAAAACUCCAGGAACUUGUAGAUACUGUAAAGGGAUCCGAAUAUGUAUCAGACACUCUGCAAGCUAGCGUCGACGCCAAUGUCAAUGCUAAUACCGAGUGGUUGACCGAAAAUCGGGAACCACUUAUGACUUGGGUCUCUAGCUAUCGUGCCGGAAGCGCCGCCCUGAGCACAUCCAUUUUUGCAUUGGUCCUGUGCCUUUUCACCGCUAAAUUGUUGUAGAUUAUAACUCUAUUCAUAAGUUAGCCAUAAAAAAAACAAAUAUUCAAAUAAAAAUUUUAUAAUAUCCUCGACAA